AUGGACAUUAAGCUCAAGUUAGACCCUGCCGCCGGAUUUCGUGGGGUCCGAAGGAUCGGUGGACCCGGCACUGGAAUAAGGAUUCACACUAGAGUAUACGAGCAAAACAGGGGAUACAAGAUCGUCAAGUUUAGUUCUUACAAGGUCCACCAGCGGCUGGCGCACAGAAUGAGAGCUGGGAGGUUUUUGUUGGCUGCUGACGCGGCACACUGUAAACUCCACCCUGACUCGUCUAUUCCACCGUCAGAUCUCUCGUUAUGCAAUCCAUUCGGUGGGUUGGGCCUAACAGGCGGGAUUGUCGAUGUUGGCGGACUCUACGACUGCCUAUCGGGGAUAUUCCCUGGCGAAGCGGAUGAGAGCAUCCUUGACAUCUAUGACCAAGUUCGACGGUCAAAGUACAACGACAUCGUGAAUCCGGUGUCUUCAGAAACGGCCGUUGAGGAUAGUGCGUUUUUGAAAACGUGCAAACAGGCCGAGACCGGCCCCAAGGUUGCGGCGAAGAUGAGUGAGGGUUUGAACGCUCUGCAAUAUGACUUCAGGCAGCAUUACCGGAGGUAA